UCCCCCUCUAGAGAGAGAAUCAUCCCAAUAACUAGAGAGAGAAAGAGGGAGAAAGACACUUCAAUGCCUCCUCCUUCAUCCUAACUACGCAUUGUCAAAUCUCUCUCCCCCUCAACUCAAAGCUCUCUUCUCUUUCUCUCUCUAGACAAACCUGUUUUCUUAGACAGAGAGAGAGAGAGAGAGACACAUCAAAUUCCUCUCCAUCCUUAAACACCACUACAAACCAAGAGAGAGAGAGAAACCCCACAAAAUCUACAGAGAAAGAGAGAGAAAAAACAGAGUCUUGACAAUGGUUUCGGAGAGGCUAGAGAGCAAAAGCGUGUGCGUGAUCGGGGCCGGACCCUCGGGCCUCGUCGCGGCUAGAGAGCUGAGAAAGGAGGGCCACUCAGUGGUGGUUCUAGAGCAAAACCAUGAAGUUGGUGGGACUUGGCUCUAUAACCCCAACAUAGAAGAAGAAGAAGCCUUAGGGAAAGGAAGCUUCCUUAAAGUCCAUAGCAGUCUCUAUGCUUCUCUAAGGUUGGUCUCACCUAGAGAGACAAUGGGUUACUCAGACUUUCCAUUUAUGGCAAGAAAAGGCAGAGAUGGAAGGAGAUUUCCAGGCCACCAUGAGUUGCUCUUGUAUCUCAAGGAUUUUGCAGACCAUUUUAGAGUGAGAGAGUUGAUAAGAUUCAACACCAGGGUUGAUCAUGUGGGGAUGGUGGAUUUUGCCAAAUUUGGAAAGAAUUGCAGGUGGGUUGUGAGAUCAAGAGGGAGAAAGGAUGAGAAGGUGAGUGAAGAGGUGUUUGAUGCUGUGGUUGUGGCCACAGGCCAUUAUUCUCAGCCUAGGUUGCCCAAGAUCACAGGAAUGGAUAGAUGGAGAAGGAAGCAAAUCCAUAGCCACAUCUACCGGAUCCCAGACGCAUAUCGCAACCAGGUUGUGGUUAUUGUAGGGGGUUCCCUAAGUGGACAAGACAUUUGUGUUGAGCUACUAAAUGUUGCAAAAGAAGUUCACCUUAGUACAAAGACCUUGGAAAUCACUGAAGGCCUAUCAAAAGUUAUCUCUAAAAAUAAGAAUUGCCACCUUCAUUUGCAGAUAGAGUCGUUGCACGAGGAUGGAAGAGUUGUAUUUGUUGAUGGUACUUGGGUUAUUGCCGAUUCCAUUAUUUACUGCACCGGAUAUUCCUAUUCAUUUCCAUUCCUUGAUACAGAAGGAAUAGUGGUCGUGGAUGAUGACAGGGUGGGACCUUUGUAUGAGCACACUUUCCCUCCAUCUCUUGCUCCCUCUCUAACUUUUGUUGGCAUCCCAAGAAAGAUUAUAGGGUUUCCUUUCUUUGAAUGCCAAGCAAUGUGGAUUGCCCAAGCAUUGUCUGGUAGAAGGCAACUCCCAUCAAGUGAAGAUAUGAUGGAGGCCAUUAAGGAAUUCUAUCAUUCAAGGGAUGUGGCAGGCAUACCAAAGCAUAACACACAUGACAUUGCCAAUUCAGUGUAUUGUAAUUGGUAUGCUGAUCAAUGUGGGUGUCCUCAUCUUGAGGAGUGGAGGACAGUACUCACUAUAUCAAGUGUAAGAAAACAAAUCACACAUUUGGAGACUUUUAGGGAUGAAUGGAAUGAUGAAGAUGAACACUAUCUCCAACUGGCCUAUUCAAGCCCUCAUUACACCCAACAUGGAAUUGAAGAUCCACAACAAGAAAUGCAAUAAGCUUUUAUGUGUUUCUUGAAAUCACUGGAGAAAUGUAUUUCCAAUUUUGAUUUGGUGCAUAAAUUUAAGUACCCUAGUAGUGUUCUAGUCUUUGUUUAUUUAUUCUUUUGGUAUUGAAUAGUGAUUCAUAUAAUUUAAACUGUGCUUGAGAGGUCAUCACUCGAUGAAUUGUAUUGUGUUUACAUUAAGUUA